UUUUUCUUUUUCUUUUUUUUUUUCCUUUUUUCUUUAUUUAUACCUUCUUUAUAUACAAGACACUAUGCUUACGGCCCCUUAUGUUCACUUCAAUACAAGAAAGCCUCACGAUGGGAGAGGUUCUCAUGACAGCAAUGUCAUGACCAUGAUUGACUAUACGAAUUUGUAUAUAAAGAACCUGGACGCAGAUGUGACUAGUAUUGACUUAGUUCAGCGAUUCAACAUGUAUGGCAAAAUCAUAUCUGCGCGAGUCAUGAAAGACCCCAUCACUAGUAAAUCAAAGGGUUAUGGUUUCGUCAGUUUUACGCAUAUGGAAGAAGCAAGUAAGGCAUUACAACAGAUGAAUGGUGCUCUUAUCAAAUCUAAAUGUAUUAUCGUCACCUUUCAUGAACACAAGAAACAAGUCAACAAACAACAACAACAACAACAACGAAACAGUCAGGAUCUCUCUUCUUCGUCUCCACAACAACAACAACAACAGCAACAACACCAUCAUCAUACGAGCUAUCCCUCACCCCAGUCAGCCUCCUAUGGAUACAUGCCCGAACCCCCCAAGUCGGCCGUGCUACCGCCCCACAAUCCAUGGAAUGAUACUUGUAUUUGGAUGCACAAUAAUAAAUCCCCUGUGGUAGUUCCACAUCAUGCGUACCCUUCUAUGCAUCAUGUACCUAUUGCAACAACAACAACAACAAAUACUAAUUUACCCAUACAGCAGCAACAGGUGAGUGUCAAUAGCCAGAUCCAAUACCAAAAGUUGCGUGAUGCAGUGUAUUCGCAACUGUCGGAAUAUCAACAAAAGGACUUGAACGAUUUGGUUGAUUUGAUCCAAUCAUUAAAGAAACGAGAUUUAUCUCUUUGUUUAUUUAAUCCUGUCUUUUUGAAACAAAAGAUCGAGGAAGCCUAUGAAGCACUCUAUCUGUUUGGGAACCCUCCCGCUGGAGGAGUGAGACAACCUACCUCGAUGACGACCACACCUUCACUUGUCCAUUUGAACCUAAAUGGAGAAGAUACGCAAAGUACACAUUCAGGUGCUGCUGCCAUUCUUUCUUCGCUGGAAGGUAUGACCAUGAAUAAGAAGAAACGAGUCUUUGGUGACAUUUUCUUUCCGUAUGUCAGGGCAACGGGUGUUAAACAUGCUCCCAAAGUCACUAUUCGUUUAUUAGAUACUGUGCCUUUGGACGAACUUGCAUUCAAUAUGUACGACAAGAAAGAAUUAACCAGAAAAGCUCAAUACGCUUAUUCUGAACUCUAUUGUUAAAUUACUUUGCCUGACUAACCCCCCCUUGAUUUUUUUAUGAUCCAUUUUUUAUUAUUACUAUUCUUAUGCAAACACACACACACACACACACACACACCCUUUUCUAUCCCCCUUUCCUCCCCCUCCCCUUUUUUUUUUAUCAUCCAAUCCCUUAUCAGACUAUAUAUAUAUAUUUUUUUUUUCAUGAUUCAAUAUAAGUAUUAUAUCCACCUAU